UCUUCUGAGACUCUACUGUCUGCGUGCCUGCUAGGAGUGACCGCAGGGAGCUGUGCACGGGCGGCAGAAGCCUUUGCUCACUGCCCAGUUCAGCCCUUGCAUUGUCUGCAGUGCCAUGGCAACUCUGCUUUGAGUUGCGCGGCAGAGCCAGACUGCCUGCUGCGGGCCGGCAGUGCCCACCCAGGCCCAGGAGCUCUGCUGCUUCCAGUCCUGGUCUGCAGUCAAGGGUUCCACCUUUGCAAAUGAGGUCGCACACUUGCAGGGGUGAGUGCUGGCCCUCCUGUGGGUAGACUCAGAAUGCAGUCGAAGAGGAUCACCACCGAGCCUCCCUCUGUAACAGAAGAAGUGUUUGAAGAAUGCUUGGCCACAGAUGAUGUGUUUGUGGACUACUUCAAUGAAUUUUUGAGUCUUCCAACUUUUGCUCAGCCAGUGAAGUUUAACUCUGACUUUGGGGUUUUUGAAGUUGUUAAUGAUGCCCCACAACACAUGCAAAGCCAGCUGAAAAGAAGUCUAGAUGAUCAGAAGUCUCCAGCCUUCAUUUACGGCAUCCUGAGGAAAGCAAAGAGUGCUGGGCAGAUCUCCAAACCCUGCAGUGCUUCUCCAGCCUUCGCUGCUGCUCCGGAGGACAACACCGUGUACCUCGAGCGAGGGCAGGCGAUGCAGUGGGUGAAGGAGGAAAGGCUGCCAGCGUUUCUGGAGAGCGACUGCUACUUCGAGUACAGGCUAGCUAAAUUGAUAUCACAGGUGGAAUGGAGCAAGACUGGCAUUAAUUUCAUUAUUGAUAGUGACUAUUAUCCUUGGGUAAGGAAGCAAGACCCAGGUUCUGCCCCUCCUGAGGAAGAUGACUCUUUGUUGACUCUGAAGAGGCUUGGCCAGGCCACAGGUUCUCGGACCAGGACAGCAAAACAGAGUGAAUCCAGGGACACUACAGAUUCAUUUCUGCAUCCUCUAGAUCCUGGUCAAGUUCAGGACACUCAGUGUUUGCCUGGGCAGCCUGAAAAAGAGCAUUCAUUAAGUGAACAGGAAAGCUUUCUGGAAGCAGAUUCACUCUCUGGGGAGUGCCAUCAGCAGAGUGUCCUUUCCUCUUCAAGGCCAGCAUCCACAAAAGCUGACAUCAUUAAGGAGAGAUCCAGAGAGGAUGAGGAGGAUUCUUUUGUUGCCAUUGCCGAAUCUCCCUCCCACAACCAAUUAAGAGUUUAUCUGGACCCGAAAUGGGACCGUGCUGCAAAAGAAGAUGGACAGGAAAGCAGAACUUCUCAGACAGAAUCCUUCCUGCCAGCUCAUGCUCAGGCUGUAACGAAAGAAGCCGUUUCGGAGCUGCCCCAGCAGGCGGCUGCCGACACUGAGGGUGAUGUGGACUUCCACAAACAGCCUGAAGCACUGAAACGUGAGUUAGCAAGUCAUGAACUUGCCAUCACAACGGCAGACUUGCUCUUGCCCCAGGGUUCUGUGUGCACUGCCUUGGACACCAAGGAAGACAGCAGAGAACAAGAUACUGAAGAGGCUAGCUUGAGAUCAAGUUCUGAAAGUGAUGGGGCCGGCAGCAGGGCUGCCUGGUGUGUUAGUCACAGGACUUAUGACACUGGCAACAGACAGCAGUUUGAAAGGUUCAAGAAGUUCAUCAAAGGAACGCCUGGGGAAAGGUACUGGUGGCUCUGGAUGGAUAUUGAAAGAUUAAAGGCUCUUAAGGACACUACAAGGCAGCAAAGGCAACUCAGCAAGAUGAAAACACUGUACCUGCUGAGCAGUGGAGACUAUUGCCUUGGCUCUGAAGUGUUGCUCAGACUGGACCUGCUGCAUGGAGAUCAGUGGAAUAUAAAGCAUUUGAGAUGGAUCCAGCCUGAAGUGGUGAAACCUCUGCUGCUUUACUGGGGUCCCAGAUUUUGUGUCACGCAUUCAACAGCAAUAGAAACUGCCAGUGCAAAACUGAAGCUCUGGCACAUGUGCCAAGAGAGACCAAAGGUGGACAUUGAUCCUUUUCCACAAAUAGUGUCAUUGGUACCAUGGACACCGAAGUCUUGCAUGCCAGGGAUGCCACCUUCCCUUCCUCAGAUACCAUCGAGGUUAUCACCGACCCUGCCGCCAGAGCACAGCCCCCAAAGGGAUACUCCCAGCAGCAGAGUGUGGCCAGAGGCAGUGAGCAGAGACAGGAGUCGUUGCUUAGGCUUAGAUGACACCAAAGCCUCAGGUUCCCCGGGUCAGAGGAAGUACACCUACGCCGAGCUGCUCUCAGGGAAUAGUGCUGCCGGCAGUGUUGCCCUCUGGGGAUCAAGAACAGAAAGCAUGCUGCAGUCUCUUUAUUUGGAGAACAGAGCAGGCUACCACUUCACACAGUUCUGUGAGAAAUCAGGGAAUAAGAUGUGGAAGAACAGUGUGUACUUCUGGUUUGACCUGCAGGCAUAUCAGCAGCUCUUCUACCAAGAAACUCUUCAGCCCUUUAAAAUAUGCAAGCAAGCUCAAUUCCUUUAUGCAACCUACAUUGCCCCAUCUGCUGCUAUGGACAUUGGACUUCAGCAGAGUAAGAAAAACAUGAUUUAUCAGAAAAUUGACCCAGCUUUUGAGGACCUUUUUGACCCAGCAGAAGAAUAUGUCCUCACUGUUCUGCUAGAGCCCUGGAUGAAGAUGAUGGAAGCAGAUAAACACACGUAUGGAAAGGUGGAGUUGGUGGAAGAAGCUCGACAGCUGGACUCUGUGUACUUUAGACAGCUCCAGGCCUUGCAUCACGAGAGUGGUUCCAAGAAGGAUGAGAGUACUGUUGCCAGCACUGCUCUGCCAUCCUGCCCUGGUGCUCUGAAAGAAAAUCAGCACUCAGGUCAAGUUCCCAAAGAACUGGGAGGUCCUAAGCUAUCUGACCUGAUCCAUGAGAAAGAGAAGCUAGAGCAGUUCCAGGCUUUCCUCAGCAAGCAUUCUGCUGGCGUGGAUCUCACGUGCUGGCUGGAUAUCGAACAGUUCAGACAGGUGCUCCACCAGGAUGAAGAAAAAAGGCAGGAAAAGUCUGAGGAAAUUAGAAGCAAAUACUUCAAUGAAAAAUACUUCUUUGGACCUAACAGCCCUGCCAGCAGAGAACAACAAGAGCAGCUAAUGCGUUCAGGCAGAGGACGGGGACAAAUCCCUCACCAUCAACUUCCAGCAGCAGUUCUGCUCCAAGUUCAGCGCCGAGUCCAGAGGAGAUUAGAGACACAAUGGCUGCCCUUGUUCCUGGCCGCGGAGCGCUGCGGGGCGCAGGGACCCGCACAGCAUCUGGGCACUCAGUGUCUGUCUUCAUCCACUGACACCAUUGCCUUCCGCCAAGCGCUGCUGAACCCAGUGACAGCAAAGGAGUUCCAGUGCUUCCUGUCCCUGCGGGGGGAGCUGCUGGAGAACGGGGUGCUCUUCUGGCAGGAGGUGCAGAAGUACAAGGACUUGUGCCAUUCUCACUGUGAUGAUGCCACAGUCCAGAAGAAGAUCACAGCUAUUAUUGACCGCUUCAUUAAUUCUGCCAUCCCCCCAGCUGUGCAGAUUGACAUUCCAGCUGAACUAGCCCAGAAGAUUUUGGAGCACAGGAAGGAACUAGGACCUUACGUUUUCAGAGAGGCACAGAUGACUGUUUUCGCUCUUCUCUUUAAAUUCUGGCCCAAGUUUUGUAAGUUUCGAAGCGAUGCAGCCAGUGACAAAGUUCUGCUUGCCUUGGAGAGAGAAAGGGCCAAAAGGACACGAAAGAAGGAGUGGAAAGCAGCCGAGGAGAGGCUUGCAAAGUUUCAGACUAAAGAGGCAGAGGCAAAACUCAGCAGUCUGACCAACAGUGGUGUGGCAAAUGUGACUGGUAUGGAGAGAGGCCCAGCUUCAUUUCCAGAUGGCUAUGGAUGGCAGGCCUCCUGGUCAUUUUCCAAAUACAUAGAAGCCCUGGAGCAGGAGAGAAUCCUCCUUAAAAUGCAAGAAGAGAUGGAGGAAAUGUCUUCAUCACUCCUUACAGGAGCUUCAUCUGUGUCCUUCCCAAAGCCUGGAAACUCUGCAAGAUGGAGCACUUCACGGAGCAGCAUGACUGUGAAGAGACACUCAAAGCCUCUUAAGAAACAAAGCAGAGUGAAAUCUCCUUGAGGAAGGAAAUGCAGAGAAAUCCAUUAGAGAUGGGCAGCAGACACAAACCAAACGUGCAUCUCGGGUCUGUCCUUACACUUCCAGAGCAAAGGUGACAGUUUGGAGUGCUACUAAGGACCAUGGGACAUCAAACAAAGCUAUUUGUCAUGGAUGAUAAACCUCCUCGUGCAUCUGUGCAGCCCUGCCAAACUGUCCUCAGCAGCGGACCAGCCCCC